AUCUUUUUGGAUCCCUGUCCGAUUGCUCCAUGGUCUCAAACUCUCCCCUGUAACUGUCACAAGGAGCCAAAAUGAAGUUGAAGCAUAACAUCAACCCCGUUCUUCUGCAGUUUAUAAACUUUAUUAUCUUGGUGUACACGGUUGUAACGUACAUUCCUUGGUACAUAUUUUCAGGCUCAAGACAGGCUAUAGCAAAAUCCAAGCAGGUUAAGGCUAGACCUGUGAAUAACAGGCCUGGGGCUGCGUACAGGUCUGUUAACAGUCUGCACUGCUUAGCUUCAGUUCUAUAUCCUGGCUGUGAUACACUGGACAAAGUUUUUAAAUAUGCUAAAACUAAAUACAGAGACAAAAAGCUCUUAGGAACGCGGGAAAUCCUGAAGGAGGAAGAUGAAAUCCAGCCAUCAGGAAAGGUUUUCAAAAAGGUCAUCCUUGGCAAGUACACCUGGCUUUCAUAUGAAGAUGUAUACAUCAAAGCUGUUAAUUUUGGAAAUGGCUUAGCAGUGUUGGGUCAGCAACCAAAGACAAACAUUGCUAUCUUCUGUGAGACUAGAGCUGAGUGGAUGAUUGCAGCACAAGCCUGCUUUAUGUGCAACUAUCAGCUUGUUACUCUGUACGCUACCCUAGGAGGUGCAGCAAUAGUACAUGGCCUAAAUGAAACAGAGGUGACCACCAUCAUUACUAGUAAAGAGCUGAUGCAAACAAAAUUGAAGGAAAUUGUUUCUCAAAUUCCACGGCUGCGACAUAUUAUUACAGUGGAUGGCAAACCAACAACAUGGUCAGAAUUUCCCAAAGGUGUCAUUGUUCACACUAUGGCUUCUGUGCAAGCUAUGGGAGCCAAGGCAGACAGUGGAAGCAAACAGCAAGCCAGGCCUGUACCCUCUGAUAUUGCAGUGAUCAUGUACACAAGUGGAUCCACAGGAAUUCCCAAAGGAGUUAUGAUCUCCCACUGCAACAUAAUUGCUGGUAUAACUGGAAUGGCUGAAAGGAUUCCAAAUCUGGGGGAAAAAGACAUUUACAUUGGCUAUUUGCCUCUUGCCCAUGUUCUGGAGCUGAGUGCUGAACUUGUGUGCCUGUCUCAUGGAUGCCGUAUUGGUUACUCUUCACCUCAGACAUUGGCUGACCAGUCCUCUAAAAUCAAGAAAGGAAGCAAAGGUGAUGUUACUACACUUAAACCAACUCUAAUGGCAGCUGUCCCGGAAAUUAUGGAUCGAAUCUACAAAAAUGUCAUGAAUAAGGUAAAUGAAAUGACGAGUUUCCAGCGAAAUCUAUUUAUAUUGGCCUACAAUUACAAAAUGGAACAAAUUUCCAAAGGUUACACGACCCCGCUCUGCGAUAGCCUUAUUUUCCGGAAAGUACGAAUGCUGCUAGGUGGAAAAAUUCGCAUCCUGCUUUGUGGAGGAGCUCCACUCUCUGCAGCAACUCAGCGAUUUAUGAACAUUUGUUUCUGUUGCCCUGUAGGGCAGGGGUAUGGGCUCACUGAAUCAGCUGGAGCUGGAACAAUCACGGAAGUUUGGGACUACACUACAGGGAGAGUGGGAGCACCUUUGGUUUGCUGUGAAAUCAAGUUAAUGAACUGGGAAGAAGGUGGAUAUUACAACACUGAUAAACCAUAUCCUAGAGGCGAGAUUCUUAUUGGAGGGCAAAAUGUGACUAUAGGCUACUAUAAAAAUGAAGGACGAACCAGAAAGGAUUUCACUAUUGAUGAGAAUGGGCAGAGGUGGCUCCAUACUGGAGAUAUUGGAGAGUUUCAUCAAGAUGGAUGUCUAAAAAUCAUUGGUGAGUUCUUAAAUUCAGGUAAACAUAUUUGUAUAUACACACCUGUUUUUCAGGGCUGCUCGUUGCUGUAGUUAACAAAAAAUCUG